AAGUCAAUCAGUCAAGUUAAUUGUACCAAGCUAACAAAAUGAAAGCCACUUUCACCGUUGCCGCUGUGCUUUGCGCCUACCUACUGGUCCACUCGGCCGUAGCAUUGCCCGUGUCCUCUUCUUCUUCUUCUUCGUCACCUGCUUCUUCAUCUGAAUCAGGAUCAGGAGAAGUUGUUGCUCAAAAGCCACAGGACCACAAGAAGAGACUGCCCCCAAUUGUCAUUGAUGCUCACAUGAAGGCCGAGGCCCACAUUAAAGUACCUGAGGAAGUUGCCGAAGCUCUACUCAAAUUGCUCUUCAAGUUGCAACAAGAAGAGAAGGAUAAGCUAGCAGGUACUAAGCCCGAGCAGCCAUCAAAGGAUGAACAGCCACAGAGCGAUGACCCAUCAAAGGUAGAGGAACCUGCAUCUGCUGAAGAGCCAGCAUCAGCUGAAGAGCCAGCUCAAAGCCAGGAACCAGCAGCUGAACAGCCAGCUCAAAGCCAAGAACCAGCAGCUGAACAGCCAGCUCAAAGCCAGGAACCAGCAGCUGAAGAGCCAGCUCAAAGCCAAGAACCAGCAGCUGAAGAGCCAGCUCAAAGCCAGGAACCCGCAGCUGAACAGCCAGCUCAAAGCCAAGAACCAGCAGCUGAACAGCCAGCUCAAAGCCAAGAACCAGCUGCUGAACAGCCAGCUCAAAGCCAAGAACCAGCAGCUGAACAGCCAGCAGCAGCUGAGCAACCAGCAGCAGCCGAACAGCCAGCUCAAAGCCAGGAACCCGCAGCUGAGCAACCAGCAGCAGCCGAGCAACCAGCAGCAGCCGAACAGCCAGCUCAGAGUGCACAGUAAAUUGGACUAAGUGAACAGCGAUGCAGUCCGAUUGAAGCCGAAAUAACUGCAUAAUCGAAAGGUCUUAUAAAGAAGCCUCUAGGGGUAGCCAAAUAAGAUGUUUUAUGAAUUUGUGUAGAGAUUUGGAAAUAAAAAAUUAAAAUUGCAAAUAUUA